AUGGAAACAGUCAACACAGCUCGCCCAUCGUAUUCAUGCGGAAGCAUGUAUAGGCCAACGACCAAGUAUGAAUGGUGGCUAUGCGGCGUGUUGCUGACACAGGCAGCUUUAACCAUCAUCUCCGAGCAAUGGGUUACCCCAACAAUCAAUCAAGUGCCGGUGUCCUACUUGAUACCGAUUAACCUAGGCAUUUUGAUUUUCGCGUGCUUGUUCGAGUUCAUUCUAUCCUUGGAUGCAAUGCAUCACAAGAAUAACAUUCUUCUGUUUGCAGUCUGCAUCUGUAAUGCGUGCAGUUUCGGCUAUUCUGUGAUGCAAUUUAUCGUGAUGAGAGAUACCACUGCGAGACUGUUCAAGACACGAUUUGGGUAUCCGACUUUGGUGGAUACUACACGCAAUGUCUGGCCUCGGGUUCAGCCAGCAGAGAUCCUUGUAUGUAUCUUUACAGGGUUCUCCGCUCUGAUUCUAUGCCCAAUUGCAUAUGUAAUCCAUAGGCAUUAUUCAUGGGCCAUCUACAAGUCUGUUCACGGCAGCUUGGAUACUCGAAUGCGUUACCUGGCUUAUGAGGAACCAGAAUAUACUCUUACAAUGGUUAUCAUUCCCGCUGCCAUCAUUGCGAUAUUCCUUGGUGUCUGGUUUGUCCAGCGCGAACGAACCAUUGGUGCGGUUGCUAUCAUUGUGAGCUUCUCUGCCUCUAAUAUGGUCCCAUCGAGUUACUCCAUCGCCUUCUAA